AUGGAAAAUACGGAAAAUAACCUGGCGUUCCAUGAAAACGACCACGAAUGUGAUGAUCAGGAAUAUAGACACGAUUUCAUAACUUUACCGUGGGAUGACCGGACUCGUAGGAGCAAAAUCAGUGUUGCCCUGUUGCUGGCCAGUAUAUUAAUAGCUACAUUGGCAAUAGUAGCCAAUAACUUCAUCGUUCAUUAUAAAAACUUUGACGCGAAUGCUUUGAGCGCAGAAACAAAUAUUAAUUGUAAUUUGGUGAAAGUAGAUACAUAUCAAUACGUUGCAAGGAUUCGUUCUGUCGUUAAUUUAGAACUAAUUUGCGUUGGAGCGGUGCUAUCACAAUCAUCAGUAUUGGCGAAUGAAUUAUGUUUAAGGUCGGGUCCGAUUCGGCUACAUUUGGGAAGUCCUACUGAUCCUCAAUGCAAAAAAGGUUUUCCGGUGGAUGUUUUCGAAGUUAUACCACAUGAUGGCGUCAUAACGAAGGCCCUAGUACUCUUAUCGAGCUUUGACGAUCUGUCCCGAUGCGCUACUUACAUUAAAAUCGGGAAAAAUAUCAAUUUUAAAAAUAAAGCCCUAAUUAUAGGACGGCCAUUUCGUGGCGGGCGAUCGUUGUCACUUCAACUUGUGACAGUUGACAAUAUAGACAAUUCCACAGAUGUCGGCAAUUUUAAAUACGAUAGUGUGAUCUGUGUUAAGGACUUGGAUAAGUGCCCCGUGAGAGCUGGAGAUCUAUUAGUUCAAGAGGGAUUACUGUAUGGACUUGCGUCUACCAGUGUCAAUGAUAGGGGGCUGAAGCAAGCAGUAUGCUUUGCAAAUCUAACUCUAGUUUAUAAGGAAUUAAAAUUGCUUGAUGCGACAAUUGGAUAG